UUUGUUUUUGUUUACAUUCUUCUUCACUUAAGUUCUCAAGCAGAGAGCGAGAUGUUCCUUAGACGUUUUUCCACGCUAGUCCUGAGGCGAUACUCCACAGCCAAGACACCAAAAGAAUGGGUAAAAGACAAAGAUAUAGCUGUCACGGCGCUAAGACCGAAAAAGGCGAAAUCUGAUCGAAUAUACCAGCAUCAAAACUUUUCCGAUAUAAAAAUGAUACGGACAGUGGGUGGUAAAGGCGGCGAUGGGUGCAUAUCCUUUCUCCAAUUAUGGUGUAACGAAAGGGCCGGACCAGAUGGUGGAGAUGGCGGCAACGGUGGUCACAUAAUUUUUGAGGCAUCUUCUAAUGUCUCAAAUCUAUAUCACAUAUCGAAUAAAAUCUAUGGUGAUGAAGGACAAAAAGGUACCGACAAGAAUUGUCAUGGCAAAAAUGCCAAACACACUAUCGUAAAAGUCCCCAUUGGCACAAUUAUUCGCAAUGAGAAAGGGGAAAUUAUUGGAGAUCUUAGUCGCGAAGGAAUGAUGUUCAUCGCCGCACGAGGUGGUGCCGGUGGCAAGGGCAAUGCUUUCUUUGCUAGUGAAAAACAGAAUGCACCAAAAAUAUGUGAACACGGUCCACCGGGGGAAGAUGUUAGCUACAUAUUGGAAAUGCGUUGUAUAGCAGAUAUUGGCAUCAUAGGCUUUCCUAAUGCCGGCAAGAGUACACUAUUGAAUGCCAUUAGUAGAGCUCGGCCCAAAGUGGCUCCAUAUGCCUUUACGACAUUGCGACCUAACAUUGGUAUGAUACAAUAUGCAGAUAAUUUUCAAUUGGCAGUGGCUGAUCUUCCUGGCAUCAUAGAAGAUGCCCAUCGUAACAAAGGUUUGGGAUUGCAAUUCUUAAAACACGCAGAACAUUGUACAGCAUUAAUGUUUCUAUUGGAUGCCAGUGCCCAGGAACCAUGGGUACAAUACGAAACAUUGUUGUAUGAAAUGAGUCAAUUUAGCAAAAAAUUGGCAUCUUAUCCAAAGAUAGUUGUAGCAAAUAAAGUUGAUGUGCCCGAAGCAAAGGAAAACCUCCUGGAAUUGAGAGAGAAAAUCAAUAUGCCUGUUAUUGGCAUCAGUGCCAAAGUUGGUACAAAUCUAAAAGAGUUGUUAAAGGCAAUGCGAAUAAUUCAUGAUGAAAGAAAGGCUGUAGUUAAUGAAUAAAGUUUAAUUUAUAGAAAAAGAGA